UGUGGGCAUAACGAAGCGGCAAAAAUCAAACCUGUGGACAGGUGAUUGGUAGUAAAAAAUAGAAGACGUUUUGGGCACAUCGACGAGGGGAAGGAUUUUAGCCAGAUGUUAGCAAACUAGACACUAAAGUCGCAAAUGACUCAACGAUGUCACAAGGGACAGUUUCGGCACGUUUGUCAAUCAACCCCACUCUCAGUCUAACCACAACGAUGUCUCGGAGGCGGCUUGACAACCGCAAUGGACCUACUGGGUUACUUGGAGAAAUUCAAACCCAUAUCAAUACGGAACCGAUGGACAGUAUGUACGAAAUCACCGGCGAGUUGGGCAGGGGGAAAUUUGCAGUGGUGAAGCGGUGCAUGGAGAAGGCUACGGGAAAGAUGUUCGCCGCCAAGUUCCUGCGGAAGCGGAGGCAGGGCCGAGAUUGCCGGGCCGAGGUGGUGCACGAGAUGGCCGUGCUGGAGGCGGCCCGCAACAACCCUCGUGUGGUCAACCUGCAAGCUGCCUACGAGACAGACCACGACAUAAUCCUGCUGCUGGAAUAUGCGGCGGGAGGUGAGAUCUUUGACUACUGUGACUGUGAUGAGCUGCUCCCAGAGGGCCAGAUCACACGCCUGAUCAGACAGAUGCUGGAGGGCAUCCACCUCCUCCACCAGACCAGCGUAGUGCACCUGGACCUAAAGCCCCAGAACAUUCUCUUGACCAGCCUGGCUCCAUUGGGGGACAUAAAGAUUGUGGACUUUGGCCUGGCGCGCAAACUGGGCACAGUCGGAGAGCUCCGAGAGAUCUUGGGCACGCCCGAGUACGUUGCUCCAGAAAUUCUAAACUAUGAGCCUAUCACCACAGCAACUGACCUGUGGAGUGUGGGGGUGAUAGCCUACAUGCUGGUGACGGGCGAGUCUCCGUUUGCAGGGGACGACAAACAGGAGACGUACUUGAAUGUGUCCCAAGUCAAUGUGGACUACAGCCAAGAGGCCUUCUCCAGGGUGUCGGAGCUCGCCGUCGACUUCAUCCGCAAGCUGCUGGUCAAAACACCAGAGGACAGGUCCAGUGCAGCCGACUGCAUGACCCACCCCUGGCUGUGGCAUCAAUACCCAAUUACCGAGCCCAUCACGCCACGUACACCCCGCGAGAGGAGCAGCGGUAACAAGUGGACCGCCCCACCCGAGGACCCAGAAGACAAGGAGAACUUCACCUUGGACUCGCACCACACCCACGCCAAACGGUUUCGGUUUGAGGUGGAGGGGGAAAGAGCGACGCAAGCGCCCCCCUCCUGCGACCUGCCCUUAUGAUUUUAUUGGUUUUAUGCAGCAAUGAACCUGCAGGCAGCACUGUUGCCUACCCAAGAGCUAUUCAGUCCUGUUCUGUUCUACCGCUCACUUGUAUCCAGUGUGUCCGGCCAAACCAAAGUUAACCAGCUUACUUUGUGAUCUAAUGAGUAAUAGUAUUUUAUAGUGAGCUGUUUUUGUCUUUUGUUUUGUCUGGUUCAUUUAUGUCCCUGAAUUUACAGAGAAUGGGUGACCAGGUAUAUCUAUGCUAUUCUGUUUUUCCACAAACUUUUAAGAGACAUUUUAAACAGUCAGCGAAUUGUUAUUACUUGACCAUUUUUGCCAGAAGGCUAAUAAGUUGUUCGUAAAAGUGUUCUUAGACGCCCCAAAGUGUUUAGUACUUUGUGCUAAAAGCAUUCAAAAGAACACUGAGCUGUGCAUAUACAAGCUAAAUCAGUCUAUUUGAGUUCGUGAAAGUAAAGUAUCCUCGUACUAUAUGCUUAAUUGCUUGACCCAAGAUGUGCAUUACCUCCCUAUUCUCAAACAAGCAUCAGCUUCGGGCCAUGGCUUAUGCCGAGUGGCAUAUUACAUUCCAUUCCAUCUGACAUUCCCUUGUCUAGUUCUUAGGCACUCAACAACACACCACAUCUGAAAACACGUCAUUGAAGACAGGUUUUCUAUGCACACAUUACCCAGCCUUGGCCUGCGUAAUAAGUAAGCCAAUGAGUCACGCUAUUUUCUGUCUAUUGCAGUAUUUAUUGUUUACCUGAACUCUCCUGGUUUACAAUUCCACAGUAAUAGAAGUGGUUUAAGAGGGCUCUAAAAAAGGUGACUCAUGGACAGUUCACACCACACCCAUGCUUACUCAAAUGUUUCUGCAAAGUUGUCAGUUCCUCUUUAAUUAUUAGCUUAAGGCAAAUGUGACUGAAGCACUUUCUAUUUAUCAUCUGGGUAUUCAUUAUGAAUUACUGGAAAAUAACCAUGUCCUCUGAAGUGUUUUUAAUUCCAUGUUUUUUUUAAAGUAUAACUUCAAAACAACGUAUUUUCUGAUGUUCACCAAAGUAAUCUAAUCUGCAUCCUUUAAUCAGCAUUAAAAAGCUAUUCCAUUUUUUUAGGGCUAGGAGUCCUUUAAAGCUUAAUGGGAAUUAGGUACAGUGCAUUUGGAAAGUAUUCAGACCCUGACUUUUUCUACAUUUUGUUAAUGUACAGCCUUGUUCUAAAAUUGAUUAAAUAGUUCCCCCCCUUCAAUCUACACACAAUACCCCAUAAUGACAAAGCAAAAACACGUCUUUAGAAGCACAUUUGGCAACAAUUACAGCCUCGAGUCUUCUUGGGUAUGACGCUACAAGCGUGGCACAACUGUAUUUGGGGAAUUUUUCUCUGCAGAUCCUCUCAAGCUCUGUCCGGUUGGAUGGGGAGCUUUUCAGUUCUCUCCAGGGAUGUUCGAUCGGGUUCAAAUCCAGACUCUGCUGGGUCACUCAAGGACAUUCAAAGUCUUGUCCCGAAGCCACUUCUGCGUUGUCUUGGCUGUGUGCCUAGGGUUGUUGUCCUGUUGGAAGGGAGAACCUUCGCCCCAGUCUGAGGUCCAGAGCGUUCUCGAGCAGGUUUUCAUCAAGGAUCUCUCUGUACUUUGCUUCAUUCAUCUUUUAUUCAAUCCUGACUAGUCUCCCAGUCCCUGCUGCUGAAAAACAUUCCCACAGCAUGAUGCUGCCACCACCAUGCUUCACCAUAGGGAUAGCACCAGGUUUCCUUGGCACUUGGCAUUUAGGCCAAAUAGUUCAAUAUUGGUUUCAUCAGACCAGAGAAUCUUGUUUCUCAUGGUCUGAGAGUCUUUAGGUGCCUUUUGGCAAACUCCAAGAGGGCAGUCGUACCUUUUAACUGAGGAGUGGGAUCCUUCUGGCCACUACCAUAAAGGCCUGGUUUGGUGGAGUGCUGCAGAGAUGGUUGAUCUUCUGGAAGGUUCUCCCAUCUUCACAAAGGAGCUCUGUCAAAGAGACCAUUGAAUUCUUGGUCACCUCCCUGACCAAGGCCUUUCUUUAGGAAGAGUCUUGGUGGUUCCAAACUUCUUCCAUUUAAGAAUGUUGGAGGCCACUCUAUUCUUGGACCUUCAAUGCUGCAGAAAUGUUUUUGUGUCAUUCCCCAGAUCUGUGCCUCAACAAAAUCCUUUCUCGGAGCGCUACGGACAAAGGAUCUGAAAAGUGAUGUAAAUAAGGUAUUUCUAUUUUUUUAUAAAUAAAUAAGUUCUUUUUUGGGGGAUUUGUCAUCAGGUAUUUUAUUGAUUUAAUACGUUGGUCUUAUUCUAAAAUGUAACGAUGUGGAAGAAGGGAAGGGAUCUGGAUACUUUCCGAAUUCACUGUAUAUUGGGAGUCAUAACAGAUUGUCUCUGUAUGGAGGCGAAUAUAUUCCGUCCUAUCCCCUCCAUUCCAUUUCCUCCUUGUCUCAGGGCAAAUUACCUUUCACUUUGGUCAUUACUAUUGUAUGCCCUUUUUUAUGUACAUUUUGUCUAACCUGAUUAUCAAUAUAAUUCUAUAAUGUGAUGGUGUUUUGUUUGUUUAGAUGUACAUUGCUUUUUUUACAUUACAUGCUUUUAUUUAACUGGAUUCAGAUGGGUUUAUUAAGAUUAUAUGGGAUAUAGUUUAUUAAGAAUAUAUGGGAUAUAGUAUUGAUAGCAUCUCUUAACAAAAAUAUGUUUUUGGUAACGGGUGACAUAAAAUUUAAAUAUGCUUUGCUUUUAAAGUGGUGAAUGUUUUGAUAUGCGUGAAAGCUUUGGCAAAGUGAUUAGAGAUUGAUUUAUAAUAGAAAAGAUGGGUUUCGGUUAUGAGGAAAGGAUAUGCCGUUGAGAUGCUUGCGGAGAGGACGAUAAACAUUUUGGGGUUACGGAAGUGAUGUGGGUAAAGGUUAUGGAAUUCACUGAAUCAUGGACAGAAACUUUUUAGUAAUGCAGUCGAUGAACAGGAACAUUUGAGAUAUUUGUACAGUGUUACCAGGAGGAGGAUUAUUUUUGGGAUAUAUGGACGGUCCUAGUACGGCACACUUUUGACAGUGAAGAACAUGAAAUGGAAGUGCUCUGUUGAGCAUUCAUUCACAUGAAAGCCCAUCUACCUGUGAAGUUAUGAAAUAAUAUACAAAUGCUUCAAGGGGUUCUCAGUAUUGAUCAUUGAAUCUGGAUUGUUAUGAAGCCUAACUGCCAGUCGACCUCAACUGAACAUGUCAGUUCAAAAAAGGUGCGAAGACUUUCUUGUUUGUGGUCCUCAAGGUUUACCAUAGAGAUGUCACCGGCCUGGCACACACAAUAGCCUUUGUCUUGGAGAGGGACUUCUCCAGUCACGGCCAAGCACUCAAUGUAUGCUGUCAUCCAUACGGAGAACUUGAACACCGCUACAUCAUUACAUUGGUUUGGUAAUCAUUACCAUCAGUUCAAAGACAUUUCAAAUGAAAACACAGACGUUUGAGGUGCUGCUGUCACCAAUUGGCACAAAGUGGACUUGUACAACUUGAUUAUGUGUAGGAGCUCAACUGGUGUAUGACUUUGAUUACCACAGGAGGUUGGUGGCACCUUUUUAAUUGGGGAGAAUGGUGUGAUGAUAAUGGCUGGAGCAGAAUAGGCGGAAUGUUUGAUGCCAUUCCAUUUGUGCCGUUCCAGACAUUAUUAUGAGCUGUUCAUGUGACAAAAAUGGACUUGAUUACAGUUGUAGGAGAUUCACUGUUGUAACACCAUUGUUAUGUAUUGCUGUUCGCUGAGACCAAUUGGCACAGUAGUGGACUUGUACAACUUGAUUAUAUUUGUGAGUGCGCCACUGCUUUUUCAUUUUGUACGGCUGUCAGAAUGGACUUUGACUUACAGACGAUCUGGGCCUAUGCCCACCCAUGGCUGCGCCCCUGCCUAGUUGUGAAAUCCAUAGAUUAGGGUGUAAUGAAUUUAUUUCAAUUGACUGAAUUCCUUAUGAACUGUAACUCUGUAAAAUCAUUGACAUUUUUGCAUGUUGUGUUUACAUUUUUGUUCAGUAUAAUAUCCAGAUAUUUCCAGGGACAAUUGUUCAGCACUUUUGGAACUACUGUAUAACAUCAAAAUAUAGGGGUAGGAGAGGAAGUAUGGGGCCCACGUGGGUAACUGGGGGACCCUGAUUUGAUUGGGUAACUGAUUAAUAAAGAAUUAAAAGAAUUAACUGCAUAAUAAAUAAAUGUGACUCAUCAUA